AUGGAAAAACAACUGAUGGAAGAAGAAGAAAGGGAAGGGGAGCCUGGAAGAGUUGUGACUCUUGUUGAAGACCCUGAGGGGUGCGUGUGGGGUGUUGCUUAUAGAUUGCCAGCCGGACAAGAAUGUGAAGUAAAGGCGUAUCUGGACUUCAGAGAGAAAGGAGGCUACAGGACUACAACUGUCAUUUUCUAUCCAAAAGACACAUCAGUAAAGCCAUAUGAUGUAUUGUUAUAUAUUGGAUCUUGUGAUAACCCUAAUUACCUUGGUCCAGCACCUCUAGAAGAAAUUGCUGAACAGAUUUUUAAUGCAGUUGGUCCUAGUGGAAGAAACACAGAAUACCUGUUUGAACUUGCUAAUUCUAUCAGAAAUCUUGUACCAGAAGAUGUAGAUGAGCAUCUCUUCUCCUUAGAGAAACUAGUGAAAGAACUCUUGGAAAAACAUCAAAACCUAAAUUGCAUAUAAAAAUCAUUUCUCAGUUUUAAUGAUCUUGUUUCAUCUUAAAAAGAAUGGUUUUGUUGCACAACGGGUAUAUGACUUGGAAGCAUGUUUAGCCGUACUAUGCUAUCUUAUUUAUUGUAAUAGUGCAUUGAAAACACAGUAGUUAAGACUCAUUAGAACAAAUCAUUAUAAAAAUCAUUCUUUCAAGAGUCUGCAGAAAAGGGGAACAGGGGAAGUGUUUUACGUUUGAAUUUGGUAUAUUAGUUUCUUAUCCAAAAAUCACAUCUUUCUUUAUAAAAAUCUCAAGGGAAUCACUUAAGCCUCCCUUUGUUUUAAGAUUUUCUUUUUAAUUUCAGGUUCAGAUUAAAAAAAAAAAUUUUUAAAUUAUUUUUAAGAUCAAAGCCUGCAUUCAGAUACAACUGCCACUAAUUUAAGUGACAGUUCUUUCUGAUUCAAGAAUAUAGGAUUGGAGCUCAGUGCAGCUAAAAAGAUAAAUGUUAACUAUUUAUUGUGAAUGGCACAGUAAAUGCAGCACUUACCAUAUCAAGAUUCGACUUCAUUGAAAUUAAGUUAGUCCACUGAAUUAGUGAUCUUACCCUUUACAUGUUAGUUUGUCCUUAGAAGCAGAGGACAAACAGUUCUGUUGUCAAGGAAAUAAUUAUUUCCCUUGGCUAAUUAUGUCAAGCCCCUGAAAACCAAAGCACAAGGUACUUUGAUGCAAAUAAGCCAUACCAUAUGGGUGCCUCAUUUUAAUAUUAAUAUAAAGAAUAAAGCUAAAAUGUCAAAAUAACUAAGGAUAUGACUUGAAUCGACAAUACAGCACAAACGUUCUGAAAUUCCCAUCUUUGCUAUUUGCCUUUAGAUGCUGUUGUAACCCCUUCUUUAAAAUAAAUAAAUAAAAAGGUCAACCAAUCUUUGAGGACAGAUUUUAAGUCAGAAUUUUCAGUCAUCUUUUCAGGGAUUCAGAGGCAAAAAGGUAAUUAAGAAAGGAACCGUGUUUUCAGUAAACUUACAUGUGUUGUACGGACAUCCAACGAAAGAAGGUUGGAAAGACACCAGUUUAGGCUAGUAUGUUUAUGUCAUGCAAAACUUAGGUAAAUGGGGUUUCAAUCCCAACAAAAGCUGUUUGUAAAGGUUAUUUUAACCUUUAACAAGCCCUGUUUAUUUGUACGGUAAUAUAGAAAAAGUUCUAUUUCAAAUACCACAUAGCGUCACAUUUUCUGAUACAGAAAAAAUAUAUAUGUUCAGUUGUAGCUUGCAAGCCUGUAUUUUGCAUCAGUAAUUGCAAAAACCAUAUACGUUUACUACCUAGGUUGUCUCUUUUUCAUCUUUAUGUUUUCCUGUUUUAUAUUUGUAAUUACUUGAAAGCAUCAGUGUUACAAAAAUAACAAGCUGCUAUGAUUUUACUUGGCCACCUAAAUUGGCCAACAGAACAUGAAUGAAUGUUAAAAGGAAACAUUUGAAAAGGCCACCUAGAUGAGUGGAUUGUAGGAUAUUAUAAUUUAAAUCUAAAUUAUAGGUAACUGGACUACUUUAAAAGUUUAACAAAAAAAUUUUUUUUCCAGACUGUUGUAAUAAUUUUAAUUUUAGGGCACUUCUGUCACCACUCAAGCAUACAUUCAUUGAGGAAUGAAAACUGCCUAGUUGCUUUAGAAGCUACUUAUUAAGAUUAAUGGUUUAAUGCCACUAUUUUAAGAAUGCAUGAUAGGGUAUCAUUUGAUGACCUAGUCUAAACUGCAGAAGCAAAUCUAUUCGUAUUAGUGAAAUGAUCAUAUGUACUGAGGCCCCAUAUUUCCCUUAGUACACAUAAGUUACUUGCAAUGGAAUAAUGGAAUAUCCUUUUUCGUUUCAAGGGCCUUGCUUCUCUACUGCGCUGUGUUGGUUUAAAAUGGAUAUAACUGACUGGAAAAGCAACCCCAACAAAGUCAGCUGUAUAGCAGCACAGAAGUAUGAUCAGAAUAUUCAUGUUUCUAUACAUAACAUCAGUCAUUAAGAAGCCUGAAGAUGGAAUUAUUUGAGUGACUUCACACACCAAAGAUUUACAGUGAUAGCCAACACCCAAAUAAACAUUAAUAUGAGCAUGUUCCAUUACACAUAUUUAUUCCCCUUGACUUAAAGGGGAACUCUUAAAUGUUUAUCGGAUACUUAACUGUUACAAAAAAAAUAUUAUGAUUUAUUUCAAGAAUAUUUAAAUGUUGCAAAGAAAUGCUAACCCUCCCCUCCCCCCCAAAAAAACCUGCACCUACUUUCUUCUGCUUACCUCAAAU